AUGUCCCUUUUGCACAACCCAAGACGCAGUCACCAGGACCCAGAACGCUACAGAGCCAAGUUUGAAGAUACAAACGCAGUUUUGGGUCCAGACGUGGAUUUCUACCAGGACACCUCCAAAAUUUCUAUCAUUGGAGCUGGCUUUGGCGGUAUUGCUGCUUCGUUGAUGUGUAAGAACAAGUGGAAAACUGAAGAUUUUGCUGUUUUUGAUAAGCACGAGGAAUGGGGUGGAACCUGGUGGGCCAACACGUACCCUGGGUGUGCUUCUGAUAUUCCAGCGUUGUGGUAUUCGAUUUUCGCUGAACUCAACUCGAACUGGUCGACCUUGAGACCUCCUCAGUAUGAGAUGGAAGAGUACAUUUUGAAUGUGGUGAAGAAAUAUAAGCUUCAUGAAAAGUCUCGUUUGGGUGUUGUCGUGCACGAGGCUAACUGGCAGGAGGAGUCCAGCACGUGGUUGCUUAAAGGUUCUAAUAUCAAGCUGGGCCAGAUGUUUGAACAUACUACCCAGAUUUUGCUUAGUUGCAGCGGUGGCUUGGUUUACCCUAACCAGCUUAAGGCUCCUGGCUUGGAUAAGUUUAAGGGUGCUUACAUGCACUCGGCUCUUUGGGACCAUAGCGUUCCUAUCAAGGGUAAGAACGUUGUGGUUGUGGGUAACGGUUCUUCUGCUGCUCAGGUUGUUCCUGCUUUGAUUGACGAGUGUGACGCUGCCCUGGUGACCCAGGUGUUCCGUUCCAAGCACUGGAUCUCGCCUCCUCCUCCUCCUUUCUUGCACACCAUCUAUAGAGCACUUAGCAGGUUUAGAAUUGGGCUUGUGCUUUUGCGUUGGUUUGUGGCUGUUUUCGCUGAAAUGCGUUAUCCUUUGUUCCAGGGUAACGGUCCUCUUGCCAGAAUCCUUAGAGCCUUGAACCAGUGGCUGUGCAAGCGUUAUGUCCGCAAGUACGCUCCAGAGUACUAUGAUAAGAUUAUUCCUGACUUUAAGCUCGGUUGCAAGAGACUUAUUUUCGACUACAAGUACAUUCCUUCGCUUAGGAACCCAAAGAUUGAACUUAACGAUACUGGUAUUGAUCAUAUCACUGAGGAUACUGUUUACUUUAAGGACGGCCAGAAGGCCAAGGCUGAUGUCAUUGUUGCAUGUACGGGAUACUCCAUUCCAAAGGCUUUCUUUAACGGUGUCAAGCUUACAGGAAAGAACGACAUCAACAUCCAGGAAAUCUGGAAGAAGGAAGGUGUUAGCGCCUACAAGACCCACAUGGUGAGAGACUCGCCCAACUUUUUCUUCUUUGCUGGUCCAAACUCUGCCACUGGUCAUUCUUCGGUGGUUUCUGCCAUUGAAAAUGCUGUGGCCUGGGUAGGCAAGGUUGCCAAGCCUGUUGUGGAUGGAAAAUACAAGUCAGUUACCGUGAGCCGUGCCGCCUACUACCAGUGGUUUGAAACUACGCAGAAGCAGUUAUCCACGGCGGUGUUUGGCUCGCCAUUCGGUGGUUGCGUGUCGUGGUACACUGACGGAGACUACAACCCAACGACGUAUCCAUUUUCGCAAGUGCAUUACUUUAUCAAGUCGAGAAUCUUUGGAACGAAGGACUUGACGUAUGAGAAGGCUGACGAUAAGAAGACGGUUUAG